AUGCCAGUGAAUGAAAAUACUCUAGAAACGGAUUCCAAGAAACAAUCAAAUGUGUUCUUCCCCAGGAGAGGUCUAUAAAAUCGACAAAUACAAUAAACAAAAUGGUUUACGACCAGAGAGUCGUGUCGGUCCAAUGUUUUCUAUGGACCGGAGGCCAGGUGACGACACUUGGAUAGUUUAUGACCUACCUUGGUGGUAAACACGAGUAAAAGGCCAAAUAAUAAGCUACUGAAAGGCUAACAUAAUGGAAGUGUGGAGUUCAGCUUCUUUUAUUCAGUGUUUGGUUUGCACAAUGAGCUGAGAGGUGGCUGACGAGAAUGCAUCAUUACAACAUUACUGCUGGUGAACAUGCAAAUUGGGUAUAGCAAAAGCAGGCGAACCUAACAACCUAUCACCAAUUUCUCCAGGUCGUCUUUACAUGGAUAGGCCAGACCAUGGGACGUUGAGAAGAAAGCAGCAUCGACUAGCCAGAGAAAAUCCAGGAUUGCUAGCUGCUGUCAACAAGGGUGCUAAUCAAGCGAUCCAAGAGUGCCAAUACCAGUUUCGUCAUCAGAGGUGGAACUGUUCUACACGAAAUUUUCUCAGGGGGAAGAAUUUAUUCGGGAAGAUAGUUGAUAGAGGUUGUAGAGAGACAGCUUUCAUCUAUGCAAUAACCAGUGCAGCAGUCACCCACGCAAUAGCCAGAGCCUGCAGCGAAGGGACCAUAGACACCUGCAGCUGUGAAAAUCACCACAAGGCUAGGAAAUACCAUUUUUCCGAAAAUUCCGUUGCAGUGGCAGGAGUACGUGAUUUUGAAUGGGGUGGUUGUUCUGAUAAUAUCGGAUUUGGGUUUGCUGUGAGUCGAGAAUUUGUGGACACUGGCGAGAGGGGGAAGACGCUAAGGGAGAAAAUGAAUUUGCAUAACAACGAAGCUGGCAGAUGGCAUGUCCAACAGCAGAUGAAGAAAGAAUGCAAAUGCCACGGGAUGUCAGGAUCCUGCACAGUGAGGACCUGUUGGAUGAAACUACCCUCCUUCAGAGUAAUUGGCGACAUCCUCAAAGACCGCUUCGAUGGUGCUUCCCACGUGACGUCUGGUAACAGCCAUCAAAGGAACAACAAGGCGCACGGCAGGAUGCUUAGUAACAACGGCAAAUACAACAGCAUCUCCAAGAACAGCAUAUACAGCAAAAGAGAAAACAGGAGGAAACAGAAGUACAACUUCCAACUGAAACCCUUUAACCCAGAACACAAACCACCAAGUGUGAAGGAUCUAGUGUACUACGAGAUGAGCCCAGGGUUCUGUGAGAGGAACACCAAGCUUGGUAUCCAAGGGACCCACGGCAGGGUCUGCAACGCCUCUUCCAUUGGAGUCGACGGUUGUGACAUCAUGUGCUGUGGGAGGGGGUACAGAACGCACGAGAAGAUAGUAGCUGAGAGGUGCAACUGUACCUUCCACUGGUGCUGUGAAGUUAAAUGUGAAAUCUGCAGGACUAGAAAACUUGUCCACACAUGCGUCUAGGUCUAAUUUAGUCAAGAUUUUGCAAUCUUCGUUCACGUUUUCGACCCAAGAAAUUUGUGAUAAUUCUGUAUCCAGUGAAAUAGUUUUUAGUUUGUAUAUUUGGUGGAAAUGUGAACGCAUUUUGCAUCUUGAUUGAUCAGUAUUAUCGAAUUCAAAGACUGAUUCCGAAUUUAAAAGCUCCAGUCAAACUUGUACAUAUGUUUUAUUUGUGAUUGUAAAUUUAGUGGUAUAUUUGUAAAUUCGUGUGGUUAUGUAAGAGGAUUUUGUUGAAUGUGAAUUGCGAUUCAUACCGAUUUUAAUAAUAUUCUUCGAAUGUCAAGACAGGUGUUGUUCGCAUUAGAAUGGAACUUAUUGUAAUACCCAAUGAAAAGUAGGUUAAGUAAUUUAUUGCAUUGUAAAUAAAUAAUCAGCGCGUAUAGUGUAUCUCAAGUUGUAAAUUAUUAUUUUUUUUUAAUUUAUGUAAUUGAAAUUUUAUAUAUUUCUCCAUAUUUAUUAUGAAACUGCUUUUUAAUUGUAAAUUAUUCGAUAUGUAUAUAAUUCUGUUUUGUAGUAUUUUGUAAUUAUAUUUAUUAUCAUUGAAAUAUAUCUGUAUACC